AUGUAUUGCGAAAAAUCGGAUUGUCUCGGAUCGCUGACGGUGAUUGAGCAACUCAUUCGAGAGAUCGUUAAGAAUACACAAUCCGGCGCGCGGCGACAAGUUAUCGCAUUUCGCACCCUGUUCUACCAUAUCGACGCGUCAAAGGAGGAUCGUGCCGAAUAUCAACGCGAAAUGGAUGUGAUGUUAAAUCGACUAAUUGCUGUCUUCACUCUCUCACCGCCCUCCGCUCCUAUUCAGAUGUACGUGGUGGAUAGCGUGGGGAGUGUUCGCAGCAGCCUGCCCGGAAGGACGAAGCGCGUGUUUGAGACGGGCAUUCGGAUAAUACUCGCGCUCAAUGACCCCAAGCAACACACCCAACGGCUAAUCGAUCAGGAACCAUGGCCGGCACCUAAUGCGCCCGACACCACUCUCCAAACCAACGAACCAACGGACCGGCUGCGACUUCGAUGGAAUUCGUCGACGAUAUCCCCCUUAAAUGCCUUC